AUGUCCACCAAACCCACAACCUUGACCCGAAAACCCCACAUCCUUAUUUCGGGCGCCAGCAUCGCCGGUCCAGUCCUCGCCUAUUGGCUCAACCGCGCCUCAAUAACCGCCACUAUUGUCGAACGAUCUCCCUCUCUUCGUUCCGCCGGUCAAGGAGUUGAUAUUCGAGGUCCCGCUCGUACAGUCAUAUCACGUAUGGGUCUCGAAUCUACAAUUCGCUCCAAAGUAACCCAUGAAUUUGGUCUUCAAUUUGUUGACAAGAAUGGUGUCUCCAAAGCUACUUUCCCAAUGGAGGAAAAUGGAAAUUCCUUCACGAGUGAUAUUGAGAUCAUUCGGGGAGAUUUAUCCGAGAUUUUCUAUAACAGUACAAAGGAGACGUGUCAGUAUAUUUGGGAUGAUUACAUUACGAAACUUGAAGAGGUGAAUGAGGGAGUCCUUGUUACUUUUGCAAGAGGCAAACAGAGAAUUUUUGAUUUGGUUGUGGGAGCAGAUGGAUUGCGUUCGAAAACUAGACGACUUGUUAUUCCUCUUCCAAACGAUGGUCUGAAAUCGUUGUAUCAAUACGCGUCAUAUUUCGCCAUCCCCAAACAACCUCAGGAUGAUGAAUGGGGUAAGUGGUAUAAUGCUUCUCGUGGACGUUUGAUAUUACUGCGUCCGGAUAAUAUAUAUGAGAGUACUACUACACGAGUAUUCCUCAGUAUUACCGAUCCCAACAAAACAUGCAAGUUAGUGAAACAUCUCGAAAUGACCACCGAAGAACAAAAACGCGCGUGGAGAGAAGAAAUGUCUGACAUGGGGUGGGAGAUUGAGAGAGUUUUGGAUGGAAUGGAUAAAGCACCAGAUUAUUAUAUGCAAGAAAUCGCCCAAAUAAAUCCUCCUCAAUUUUACAAAGGGAAAUUUGCACUCGUGGGAGAUGCAGGUUAUUGUCCCUCACCUCUGUCGGGGAUGGGCACCAGUUCGGCGAUUCUAGGUGCGUAUCAUCUUGCAGGAGAAUUAGGAGCUUGUAAGGGAAAUUGGGAAGAAGGAUUGCGGAAAUAUGAAGAGAAGAUGAGACCGAUUGUGGAAAGUGUACAGCAGCUUCCGCCAGGGGUUCCUGGGUUAUUAAAUCCACAAACGGAAUGGGGAAUUGCGGUUAUGCAUAGGGUUCUGGGUUUGAUGUCUUGGAGGGGGUUGGCAGGGUGGUUGAUGAGCUUCCUUCCACAUGGAGAUGAAAGUUUGACUCAGUAUGAGUGGAGUGAUGGUGAAGAUAAAAGUUCUUAG